UUUUGUCACGUUUAUCUCUCUAAUUAGACACGUUAGACACACCACAUAGUUGCAUACUAAAACUAUGUAUGAAUAUUUUAUCGAUAGGUUUAACAGGAUUUACUCUCCAAGUGUGGCUGCCUUUAAUCAAACACAAACAUUCAUUCAUUCAUCUCAUGGAGACUUUUCAUUACUGUUCCUUGAAUCUCCUUCCUGGCUCUUCCUGAGCACGUUCCUUCCUCUUAACCGAGUCUGAAAUUUCAGUAGACUCGGGUGUGCCUUUAGCGUUCUCCUGUUCCUGUCUUUGAGGAGGUAAACAUUGGAAGGCCACGUGUGCGAAUGCACCGUAAACCUGUACGUGUCUCCCUGUAUCAACACAUAGAACAUUGUUCCCUUGUGUCCCUCUUUAUCAUGCUGUUGCAGACACAUGUAAAGGGCAUCCUAAAAAAAGAACGAUACUCUCCGCCGUGGACAGACCAGAGUGCUUCUGCUCAACGACAUGGAGAGACUGGAGAAGACUCUGUUUCGCCUGGAGCAAGGCUUCCAGCUCCAGUUCCGAUUAGGUCCAACUUUGCAGGGGAAGAAUGUGCACGUCCACACCAAUUACCCUGCACCAGGACAAAAAUUCAACAGGUGUGAGUUUCGUGUCCUCGAAUGGAUCAACCCCAGUGGGAAGGAGGAUGACUCUGACAAGUAUUGCAAACUGGACCUUGAGAUCGCUGGCUCCUACCAGUAUUACUUCGGCUGUGGGAAUGAGGAGAAAACUGGUGGUGGCUAUUUUGUGGUGGACCCCGUGCUACGAGUAGGCCUUGAAAGGAAGGUUCUCCCUUUGGACAGCAUCACCUCACAGACUUACCUGGCUAAGUGCCUCGGGCCACUGGACGAAUGGCUAGACCGGCUCAGAGUGGCCAGGGAAACAGGUUACAAUAUGAUCCACUUGACGCCACUGCAGGAGUUGGGUGAGUCACGUUCCUGCUACUCGAUUGCUGACCAGCUGGAGCUGAACCCAGAUUUCUCCCCACCGGGAAAGAAUUACACAUGGAUGGAUGUGGGGAACCUGACAGAGAAGAUCCGGAAAGAGUGGAACAUGGUUUGCAUCACAGACGUCGUGUACAACCAUACAGCAGUUAACAGUAAAUGGCUCAGACUCCAUCCUGAGUGUGGCUACAACCUGGCGAAUUCUCCACACUUAAAGCCAGCCUGGAUACUGGAUCGGGCUCUCUGGCACUUCAGCUGUGACAUUGCCAAUGGAAAAUACCGUGACCGAGGCCUACCAGCUCUGGUUGAGGAUGAGAAGCAGCUCAGUACACUCCGUGAACUCCUGUGGCAGGAGGUUUUCCCUCAGCUGAAGCUCUGGGAGUUUCUCCAGGUGGAUGUGGAAAGAGCUGUGGAGCAGUUUAGUAAUCUUCUGCAGGCCAAUGGCAAACCAGCUGGGACAGAACUGGAGAUCAAACGCAAGCUGAAGAUCAUACAGGAUCCACAGUUCAAACGCUUCGGCAACACGGUGGACAUGAACGCGGCGCUGGACAUGUUUGGCAGGCACACGAACGGCCUGUCAGCGAUACAAGUAUGCUGUGAUGUGUUCAAGAAGAGUUUGGAGGAGUUGAACAUGGAGUGCUAUAAGGACAUGUACAACCAUCAUGAGAAGGCUGUAAACUGCAUAGUGGAGACUAUGAGAUAUGAGCGUCUUGCAGCAAAUGGUCCCAAACUUGGCUUGGUGACCAAAAAACAUCCUUUGGCACCGAGAUAUUUCACCUUCCCAUUUGAGGACAUGCCAAUGGAGAAGGAGGAACUGCUGCUUCAGAAUGCAGAUGAUGCAUGUCACCUCCAAGCUCACAACGGAUGGGUGAUGGCGGAUGACCCUCUCAGGAACUUUGCAGAACCAGGCUCUAACGUCUACUUGAGGAGAGAACUAGUCUGCUGGGGUGACAGCGUGAAGCUCCGCUAUGGUGGUAAACCCGAGGACUGUCCCUAUCUGUGGGAGCACAUGAGGAAGUAUACAGAGAUAACGGCUAAACACUUCUGUGGUGUACGGUUGGACAAUUGCCAUUCCACACCUCUACAUGUGGCUGAGGCAAUGUUAGCUGCUGCAAGGGCAAUCAGGCCCAAUCUGUACGUGAUAGCUGAGCUGUAUACAGGUAGCGACCAGCUCGACAAUACCUUUGUUAACCAUCUGGGGAUUACGAGUCUCAUCAGAGAGGCAAUGAGCGCUGGGGACAGUCACGAGGAAGGCAGACUGGUGUAUCGCUUUGGCGGAGAACCUGUUGGUUCCUUCAUCCAGCCCAACCUAAGGCCUUUGGUUCCAGGCAUAGCACAUGCUAUGUUCCUUGACGUUAGCCAUGACAAUGAGUGUCCUGUCCAGGUCCGGUCCGUGUACGACUGCCUCCCCAGCUCUGCAAUUGUGUCUAUGGCGUGUUGCGCCACAGGCAGUACUAGAGGAUAUGACGAGCUGGUUCCUCAUCAGAUUUCAGUGAACACGGAGGAGCGUCUGUACCCCAGAUGGAACCCAGAUGCCCUGCCUUCAUCUCCUGGGGAGGUGAACCUCCAGUCAGGCAUCCUGGCAGGGAAGCUGGCACUCAACAGGCUUCACCAUGAGCUGGCUGAGAAGGGUUUCACACAGGUCUAUGUAGACCAGCUGGAUGAAGACAUUGUGGCUGUAACCAGGCAUUGUCCAAUCACACACCAGUCUGUUGUGACUGUAUCUCGAACAGUUUUCAAAAACCCCAAAACACACCAGUACAAGGAAAGACUGUCUCCCAUGUUCAUACCAGGCCAGAUAAAUGAGGUGAUCCUGGAGGCUCGUACAGUGGAGAGAGACACUGGCCCCUAUGUGAAAGAUGAGAAGUGCAUAAACGGCAUGCCUGAGUACACGGUGGAGCUCAAGGAACAACUCCAGCUUAAAGACAGCCAAGUGGUGAAACAAGGAGAUGCCACAACAAAUGCUGGCAAUGAGUUUGUCCAGGAGAUCGUGUUUGAUCGUCUCACUCCAGGCAGCGUGAUUGCUUUCAGGGUGAGUCUGGACUCAGAAUCUCAGGACUUGGUGGGCUUCCUGCGUACUCAGCUCUAUCAGUUUAAUCGCCAGUACAAAUUGGGCAGUCUGACCGACCCAGAUGUUCCUGGCAUCCUGAAAACUUCCCUGGAAUUUCUCAUCUCUAAACUGUCCUUGGCUGAGCUGAAUGUCUUGCUGUACCGCUGCAAUGAUGAGGAGCGGGAAGACGGUGGAGGAUGCUACAAUAUCCCAUCCUGGAUGUCCCUAAAGUAUGCAGGUCUUCAAGGGUUCAUGUCAGUGCUUUCCGACAUUCGGCCUAAGAAUGACCUCGGCCACCCCUUCUGCAACAACCUGAGGCAAGGCGACUGGAUGCUUGACUACAUUAGCUCUCGUCUCAUGAAUAAAGACGGCGCUCUAAAGGAGGUGGGGAAAUGGUUCCGUGCCAUAUUUGCCUACCUAAAGAGAAUCCCACGCUACCUCAUUCCAUGUUACUUUGAUGCCAUCAUUGCUGGGGCAUACACUACAGCUAUGGAUGUUGUCUUCAACAAGAUGUCGAGUUUUGUGCAGUCUGGUUCAACCCUGGUGAAGCAGUUAGCGUUGGGCUCAGUGCAGAUGUGUGGUAUGGGUCCUGUGCCUGCUCUCCCUGCUCUUUCUCCAGCCCUGCAGGAUGUUCCGCAUCGCCUCAACACAGUCACCAAGCAGAAUGAGCAGUGCUGUGCGUCACUGGCUGCAGGUUUGCCUCAUUUCUCGUCUGGGAUUUUCCGCUGCUGGGGCCGAGACACGUUCGUAGCCCUGUGUGGCCUCAUGCUCGUCACUGGAAGACAUGUAGAGGCAAGGAACAUUAUCCUGGCCUUUGCUGCUACUCUAAGACAUGGCUUGAUCCCCAACUUGCUUGGCGAGGGCACAAAGGCUCGCUACAACUGCCGGGAUGCCGUAUGGUGGUGGCUGCAGCGCAUCCAGGACUACUGCACUAUAGUCCCCAAUGGUGUGGACAUCUUGUCGUGCCCCGUGUCACGCAUGUACCCUACAGACGAGUCUGAACCCCAGCCUGCAGGCACUCUGGACCAGCCUCUGUACGACGUCAUCCAGGAAGCAAUGCAGCGCCACAUGCAAGGCAUCGAAUUCAGAGAGCGGAACGCCGGGCCACAGAUCGACUGCAACAUGAGAAAUGAAGGAUUUAAUGUUCAUGCAAAAGUAGACCCAGAAACAGGCUUUGUAUAUGGGGGAAAUCGAUUCAACUGUGGGACGUGGAUGGACAAAAUGGGUGAGAGCGACAAAGCAGGGAAUCGUGGGAUACCGGCAACGCCUAGAGAUGGCUCUGCAGUGGAGAUCGUGGGUCUUUGCAAGUCCACUGUGCGCUGGUUGUCCCGUUUGAGUCAAAGUGGUCACUUCCCUUACUCUUCCGUCAGUGUCCAGAGAGAUGGUGAAUCUCGCACUGUGUCGUAUGAGGAGUGGAACCGUAGGAUCCAGGAUAACUUUGAGAAGAUGUUCUAUGUGUCACCUGAUCCAGAGGAAAAGCAUGAAAAACAUCCAGAGCUAGUGCAUAAAAGAAGCAUUUACAAAGACACCUACGGUGCCUCCAGUCCCUGGUGUGACUAUCAACUCCGGCCCAAUUUCACCAUCGCCAUGGUGGUGGCUCCUGAGCUGUUUACACUGGAGAGAGCAUGGGCAGCUUUAGAGAUUGCUGAGAAGAAACUGCUUGGGCCACUGGGCAUGAAGACUUUAGAUCCAGAUGACUUGGUUUACUGUGGCAUCUAUGACAGCGCCCUGGACAACAGCAACUACAACAUCGCCAAAGGCUUCAAUUACCACCAAGGACCUGAGUGGCUUUGGCUGGUCAGCUACUUCCUAAGAGCCAAACUGUACUUUGCCAAGCAAAUGGGCCAGGAAGUAUACAAUCAGACUGUGAUUCUGGUCAGAAACAUUCUCUCAAGGCAUAACGUCCACUUGGAAAGAUCUCUCUGGAAAGGUUUACCCGAGCUGACCAAUGAGAACGGACAACACUGCACUUUCAGUUGUGAGACACAAGCUUGGUCCAUUGGCACGAUUCUUGAAGUCCUGUAUGACCUUUGCGAUCCUGAGGACUUGUAGAUUUGUUGUUUUUCAUCUUAACAGCAGGAUGGAUGUCCUGUACAAGCCACAAACGAGCCUUGAACUCUUUUCUUGUUCUUUAACUUCCUCAUGUCAUGCUUCAGGAACUAUCUAGACCUCAGUAAAAGAAAUGUAGUCCGAAUGUAGCCCAUUAACGAAGACGUGUCUGCUCUCCAACAUUUGCUUCAAAGAACUGAAGUAUCUCCCAACCAAACCAACCAUAAAUCCUUGGCCGUACAUGCUGACUGAAGAAGUAGAUCAAAUGUAAUCUACUGUAAAAGCAAGAGUGUUUAAUAAUAAGCACAUAAAGUCUAAUGAUAUAUGAUCGAGAAGGUGACAAGAAUUCUAAUAAGAAUAAACAUCGAAUAAGAGUAAUAUAUUGCUGUAUGAAUUUUUAAUUGAACAAUAUGGCUUCCACACUCAUUAUUCAGAGGCUUAUAAAAUAGCACUUGAUCCAACACGUUAAAUAUCUCCUUUUAUUUUAUGUCUGCACAUCAGUGUGUCCAUGGGAUGUAGGCUGUUUUUCUGUGACUUUAGUUGACUAUUUCGACAACAAUACUGUGCACGAAACUCCCUAUUUACAGUAUAUGUGCUCGCUACUACUUUAAAUAACGACAAGGUUUCGGCGUUAAACACCGCUUAAUGUCUACAGAUGAUGUAUACGCGGUAGUCUCGUUCUUAGAGAAGUGCCAUUUUAGAGGCGGUCCAAACAUCAUGCUUGAUGUAGGCCAACUUUCUACUAAAUAAAUAAAUAAUACAAUCAAGUACAAAAUGUUUUUCACCUUAGAAUUUUUAAAAACUAGAAUUUUUUUUAUUUUUAAUUCGUGUUUUUGGGUAGAGAUUUUUAAAAACAAUUUUAAAGGGUUUUAUUUUUUUUUUAAUUAUUAUUAUUAUUAUUAUUAUUAUUAUUAUUAUUAUUAUUAUUAUUUUUACCAGCAAUCCUAAACACUUACCUAAACAUCAGAAAUUAUAUUUUCUAAAAAGACUUUUGUCUUUACAUGGCCUACAUGACAUAUUUUAGACAUGAAUUUUAUUUUUAUUUUUUUUUUAAUUUUGGACGUCGCAAGAUUUGAAUUUUUUUACAGGCAUACUUUUUUUGUGUGUGUUUUUUUUUUUUUUUUUUUUUGUAUGUGUGUUAAAAAAAAUGUAAUCUCCUGGGAAAACAAAACAGCAUCAUGAAAAAUGGUCUAUGAUAUUGCUUCAUUAUUUGUUUUUUUGUAGUGUAAUCAAAUUGUUCUUUUCUUUAUUUAUUUUUUGCAUGGAAUUUGUCUUUUUGCUGUUUGUUCAAGCACUAUAUCAACUUUUCUUUUUCUAUUUGUGAUGAUACAGUCCUCACUUCCUAGUCCACUAAUGACUUGGAAUAAAAAUCUGAUGCAAACUCAUGCAUCUGCUCAUGCUAAGUUGUCUGGUUAAUACUAAAAACCUACGUGCAGACUCUCGUCUGCUUUUUCUGAGUUUCUCAUGUCUCUGUGAUCAUUUAAUUGACUCCUUGUUUCUGCCAUUACAUAAGCCCCACUGAGUAUUGUUCAUAACGUUGCAGGUCAAAGCUGUUCAUUCUCAGACGGCAAAUAUUUGUUCUAAUCCUUUUGCCAAGAACACACAUUAUACUGUGCGGGGAAAAUGUGACUGAACACAUCGGCCAACUUUCUACUAAAUAAAUAAAUACAAUCAAGCACAAAAUGUUUUUCACCUUAGAAUUUUUAAAAACUAGAUUUUUAAAAAAAAAAUUAGUGUCUUUGGGUAGAGAUUUUUAAAAACAAUUUUAAAUGGUUUUAUUUUAUUAUUUAUUUAUUUAUUUAUUUAUUUAUUUAUUUAUUUUUUACCAGCAAUCCUAAACACUUACCUAAACAUCAGAAAUUAUAUUUUCUAAAAAGACUUUUGUCUUUACAUGGCCUACAUUACAUAUUUUAGACAUGAAUUUUUUUUUUUUUUAGUUUUUUUUUGUUUUUGUUUUUUUUUAACCCUUGUACAAUCCAUUUACUUUUUUAAAUACACAAUCUUUAGAUAGAAUCCAAAUGUAUACCAUGCAAUUUUAAGCAAAAUAAAAAAGAAAACUAUUUUUUAAAAAAAUGAUCUGGAUAUGUGUAUAAAAAAAAAAUUAGACAUGAAAUGGUUAAAUAAUUAUUUUAAUUAUACAAUAAUUAUUGUAUAAGAAGAAUAAAACAGUUUGAGCCCAAAUGUUGGGGUGGUGUGAUAUGGCCCAUCACUAGUUAUUUUCCUAUAACAGCAUGCCAAGUGUUUUAUUCCUUAUUUAACCCUCAUUUGGACCUGAUGUGCUUUGACUCAUCGCUAGAAUAAUGUCACUGUAACUUACCAGAGGUUCAUGGAAUUACAUUCAGUUGUCCUGACAUUCUUAUGUACACACGGUCAUAUUUAAUUAAACCACCCAUCAUGUGAAUUUCGGAUUGUAUGAAUUAUAAAUAGAAUUAUAGUUGAUCACAUCCUUCAUACAGACCUUAACUUUCUUGUAGAUACCUGCAUUUUAUCUUCUUUUCACCUCUUUUGCCCUGCUGCUCCGAUGCUGCAAUUCGGUAAGUAUCUCAAGUAGUUUUCUCAAAAUUGAAACCUGUCUACUUUAUAACUAUUCACUGUGUUCGUAUACCGUGCUGUAUUCAUUCAUGCUACAUGGUGUACUUAUACUUUUUAUUUAUUUAUUUAUUUGCAGGUAGUAAUUUCCAGUGCCGGCUGUGGAGCUCGUAAAGCGUGUUUGAGCAAACCCGGUGCUUGUGACCCAGCUAAAGACGUGAACUGCUAGUUCAGGUCGACCAUGUCAUCGUCUGGAAUUUGGGAGAACGUGUUUGAGAUCCACAGACGUGCCGAAGGCUUUGUCUCCUUUGGCUUUUCAGAUGUCCAGCUUAUGGUAUUAUUCCUCAUGCCCUGAUUUUUCAUCAAAAGCUUAUUUUAAGGAAAAUUCUGGCAUAUGUGAAUGGUAGAGGCUUAGACUUGUACCUUGCUCAUCGUGUAGGCACUCAGUUAAACUAGAAGUCCACUGUUUCAAUGAGACACAACGGAGCACUGCUUGGUAUAGAACUUAUUAUAAUUAAUAUAUUGUCUUAUAUUAUUAGUGUGUAAUUUGACGUACGUCACAUGGAUGUUUAAAAUAAAUAAAUAAAUAAAUAAAUAAAUAAAUAAAUAAGAAUGUUAUUGACUCCUUUUGUAACCUGUACAACGAGUAACAAGUUUCUGAAUUUUGAUAACGUGCAUUAAAAUAAUAAUAAAUCUGCACCUUGAAACUUUUUGUUGUUGUUGCAGGCGAUACUUUUUCAUUUGGCUGCACAACCGGUCAUUCCACUGAUUCCUGAAUGUUUCAUAAAGCACUGAUAUGAUGUUGUUUAUUUCGCUUUGGAAGUGGCAGCCAUAUUCACCGGUCUGUUGAUCUGCAACCGAUCACUUGAGGUGAUG